AUGUUAUUCAUAUUUUUGCUCAUUUUCAAUGAAUGCGAUGCACAAUACGUCACUCCGCAAUACGCAGAAAUACGAGCGGUUUCGGCGAUGUGCAGCAGCGACGGAAUAACGGCCUCGAUCGACUUCGACAAACCAUUCACUGGAAAGGUGUACUCGCUGAAUUAUGAGACCGUCAACGACUGUCUCUAUUACAACAACAUUGACCGCGACACAGUGCUGUUCUCGAUUCCCGCCCACAUAUGCGGCACAAAACUUCAACGAAGCUCUCGGAAUAUGAUCGAUCAAAUGGAGAAUCGGGUGUACGUUCAAAUGGAUAAAGACACUCAGACAUCCGCCGACAAACAGUUUUCUUUCGUGUGCAAGUUGUCGGAUCCGCAAAAGACAAUUGCAGCUCCUGCAAAAGAUGAUGCAACUUCAACGAAAGAUUCGUAUCUUCCACUUCCGAUCAAACCAGUUGCGAGUAGUAUGACGACAAAAAUGUCGAAUAGUGUGCAACCUAUUAAACCGUCGGAAGUCCGCCAGGUGGCUGCUUUCUCUCGAGAUAUGCACCUCGGCAACUGGCCGAUUCCUGGCUCGAAACCUUACGAGCCCUCAAUGAAGCCUAUCUCGACGUAUCCGAUGGCUCCCCAGGUCCCUGCUGUUCCUGCGCUUGAUAAGCCUACGUACACAUCGGUACAAGAGUCGGCAUAUGCUCGGCCGAUAUCAAGUGUGGGCCACAAUGAAGUUUCUCAGCCACUAUUCCCACCACCACCAACACCUUCGCCCUUGUUUCCAAAUCUUCCAACGUUCCCUCCCGUCCAACGUGCGCCUCCGGUCGCUGCCAAAACAUUCACCACAAUGCCCCCUCCAAUUGUACCCAACGUGCACUUCAAACAAGGCGUUGGAGUACCUUUUGUACAGAAGGCGAUGAACCCAACAAAAGUUGACGCAGAAAAGUGGAAUGAGGCGAGCGCAGCAUAUGUGACACCUCCAGGCUCAUCCCGCGCCAGUGCAUUCGAGGAGACAACGUUGAAAAAUAGCAUUCAAAUCGAUGCGACGACUCCUCCAAAACCGCAUAAUCAUACACAUCUCACAGCAGAUGCACCAUUUUCGGGCGAUAAUUUGAUCAACACCGAGGUUCUGGAUACUACAAAAAAACCUGCAACAACUUCUGUUCUCAAAACCACUCAACAACAAAUUGAGCCCGAAGUGACACUGGAAAUUCAAAAAGGAGAAGGACCAUUUGCGCCGCCUGUUACAAGCCCCAUCAAAAUUGGCGACAAUAUAUCACUAGUUGUUAAAGCACAAAGUUAUUUGAAUGAAUCUGAACAAUUUGAUAUGUUCGUUCAUUCGUGUUUUGCCACCGAUGGAAAAGGAAGCACGAAAAUCCAAAUCAUUGAUGAAAAUGGAUGUGUUAUUCGCCGAGAAUUCGCUUCGCCACUCAAUCGCGCCAAAGAUUCUCAGCAUAUAAUGUAUUAUUAUGUGAUGAUAAAGGCUUUCAAGUUCCCAGGACCCGAUGACGUUUAUUUCUCGUGCUCAAUUGAGUUUACACCAUUGACUGUCGCACCUAAAAUCUGCUCGAAACUUCGCAGAAGACGUGAAAUUGAUAAGCUCAAAAAUGCCGUUGAAAUGCGAUUAUUUGAUAAUGUCAACGUCGAAUUGGAAGAUGAAGAGCCUCAAGUUUCCGAAUCAACUACUCUUAAAACAGAAUGCGAAUCUCUUCAACAACUCUAUCAACUAUGCAUCGCAUUAACAUUUAUAAUUCUCUCGAUCUCCUUAAUUCUUAAUUUUUUCCAAUUUUUCCGCAAACGAAAAUUCUGA